UAGAAUAAAUAACUUUGUUUUUUGAAAAUAAAAUGGCAGUUUUGAAAAAGAUGUCGAGUAACCCUACAUCCGUGAGGUUUGUUGAUUCGCUGAAUGAACGCAGCGAUUCAUGCAUUCAUUUGGUCUCAAUCCGUCGAUGCGUAAGGAGGUGUUUGCGCGAGCUCUUGCCCUGGAGUUGUUCAAGUUGCGUAGAGAAAAAUCUUACGGUGAGAAUCCGGAACGUGUUAUCAUUAAACAUUGUGAACAACAAGAAACGGAAUUCUUGGCUACAAAUAAAUACACAGCUUUCGAGCUCACCAACAAUUGUUGUGAUUGAUCGUUGUGAUAGUGAGUUCUGAUUAAUAACCAAAGUGCAGGAUACAGCAAUGGAGUGUUUUUAGUGUUGUAAAAUAAAGUGCAAAUUUUUUGAAGCUGUUCUCUUGUUAAGUAGGAAGUCGAUUAUAUUUACCCAUAAGUUUGUUUCCGUAUCCGGUAUAGUACCUGAAACAUUAUCGAAACAACGGUAACAAGCUGUCAUAAUUGAACAUUGUGUCAUAUAAAAUGACAGUCCCGAUACUUUGCCCAAUACAUCUAGUGUGAAAGAUGAAGAUUUGGCUGAACCAGUUAUUAGCAACCGUGCCCAGUGAUGUGUGACCCGCAUAACUAUCCCGUGACUCGGUGAUAUACAAUUAACCACGUGUGCAGCGUAUAUUUGCAGUGCUGUAAUAUUGGCUUGGCAGAACAACGUUUGGUUUUUUUUUUUUGUGACGCACUGUUGUGAAGUAUGUGCAGCAUAAUAGUAUGCCUAGUCUAGCACAGUACCUGCAGCACUGUACUGUUGUCGAUAGGCUGCAAUCUGACGUCGUUCCCGCACCGUGAUGCACAAAGUCAGCACACUGUCGACCGGUACAAGCAUGAACCAGCAUCAAAGUGACCUAGUGACUUCAGUGACCGUAUCGAAAGGAACCGCCACAGCGAUCGGGACAAAACCGCACGUUGCCGGUGCACCGAACGGUUCGUCCACGCUUAACAACAACAACCUGAACAGCAAAAACAAAAAUCCUUCCACGCAAACGAACGCCACCGAUAGUGUAAUACAUAUGACCAACGUCAGUGUGCCGCCGAAGCUGCUAGUCCCGAACGGGAAAAGUCAGGCCCCAGCAGUACCAUCGGCGCCGGAUGCACGUGCCAAACAGGUGUUGAAAGAGGCUGUCGAUGCGGUUGUAAAUAGUUUUGCCAAACACACACAAGGAUAUGGAAGAGUUAACGUCGUCGAGGCACUGCAAGAGUUUUGGCAAAUGAAAGCAGCGCGUGGUGCCGAUCUUAAAAAUGGUGCUCUAGUGAUAUACGAAUCCAUACCGUCAACCAGCCAACCGUACGUGUGCUACGUAACCCUGCCCGGUGGAAGCUGUUUCGGAAGUUUUCAGAAUUGCCCCACAAAAGCAGAAGCUCGGCGAAGCUCCGCGAAGAUAGCUUUAAUGAAUUCCGUAUUCAACGAACACCCGUCCCGGCGUAUCAGCGAUGAUUUUAUCGAGAAAGCCGUUACUGAAGCGCGCGCAUCCUUCAAAGGUGAUCAGAACCAAGAGGACGAUGGUCCUGACACCGGCAUAGGCGCUUUCAGAUUUAUGCUGGAAACCAACAAAGGACGCACCAUGCUCGAGUUCCAGGAGCUGAUGACCGUGUUCCAGCUGCUUCACUGGAACGGUUCGCUGAAAGCGAUGCGCGAACGGCAAUGCUCGCGACAGGAGGUGGUCGCCCACUACUCCAACCGAUCUCUGGACGACGAGAUGCGCCAACAGAUGGCGCUCGACUGGAUUGAGCGGGAGCACGAAAAUCCGGGCCUGCUCAGCCGGGAGCUGGCUAUAGCCGAGAGAGAACUAGAGACUGCCCGUUUGGCGGGACGGGAACUGCGGUUCCCAAAGGAGAAGAAAGACAUCCUGCAAAUGGCGCACAACCAGCUGACCGGUGGCAGCAACAUUAACAGUUGAAGCACAGCAACCGCAAACCUGAUCCAGCCAAUCUGAUCCUCCGCGCGUGCGUGGGCAACCGUGGUCGUCAAUAACAAAACAUGCAGAGCAAGCUUAAUUAUAAAUCUUUAUUAUUAUUUUUUUUUUGUUAGGCUUUUGUUUAAUUUUAUGCAUUCCAUUAGCGGCAAAAACGAAUGCUUUACUGUGGUGUGCCAGUGGCUCUUGACUGGUGGUGUGGCAAUAAGGUUCGCUUACUGAAAUUGCAAUCAAGCAGACGCGCUGUGUGUGCGAAACAGGCUUGCCUGAACGCCGAUUCUGCUGCUUAAAUACGAUUUGUUAUUGUUUUGCUAUCGAUUACGUUUAUUGUUUCGAGCGGCAAAUGUUUAUUUUGUAUCACAAUAAGCUGUGCUACGCUCGAUGCGACUCCACACAUAUACAAUUGUUAGGCGUGAUAAUAGAUCGACACGCAACCACAAACACAUGCGUGCUCCUAGAUGCAAAUGGAUCGCUGCUUGCGCUAUAUUAAGGAUUUUCGCAAAUGAUCCAUCCAUUCAUUAGCAUUACAAAAACCUUAUUUCUUUCCCCUUCCCCGUCUUUGGUGAAAUAAGAUUCACUGUAAAUGGAUCGUUUUCCAUAAACCUUCGUUACAGAUCAUUAUCAACGUGUGUGUGUGUUUGUGUGCUUACAUGAGAGUGCAUUGUUUUUUUUGUGACUUUUUUUUUAUCUCAUACAUCAUACCUGCUACUAAAACUAAACGAAACAAUUAACAUUUCUCAAUGAACGACAGCAGUCCCUAGCGACUUGUACAUAAACCGAGGAGCACAAUCAUACAUAGAGUCAGUACGGAAAAAAACGAAGGAAUCGUACAUCAAAACAGCGUUUCCGAUCGAUAUAAGUUAGUGAACUGUAAGGACAGACCGACACACAAACAGAAAAAAAUGUGCUUGUGUGUUUGUGUCGAUGUGUGUGUUUGUGUGUUUGAACGCGAAAUGCAUGUCUAAACGAAUUUUAUACCUUUUUCAUACGUUUGUGCAUAAAAAAACAUUUGAAUUGGGAUUUUUUUUAUUAUACUCCCCCCCACCCCCUUCCCCACAAGGUACUCCUCUAUUGCAGACUGGUUUUAAUUUUAUUUUAUUCUUCCCUUUUUAAAAAGCAAAAACUUGUUGUUGAUUGCGCUAAUCAUAUGCAUGUUUGAACAAGAAAAAAAAAGUAAUAAAACAAAAUGUGAUUUAUAAAUUCGACAAGAUUAGGUAAAGUGCAAAACGCAAAAUUUAUUAUUAUUUUUUCGUCAUGAUGCUAUUUAUUUAAAAAAAAAAACAAAACAAACAAAAACGGUUUUAUUUACAUCUAAACGUUGACUAAGGCUAGGUAAAACGGAAAAUUUUUAUUAUAUGCGAGCGAAAUGCAAAAAACAAAAAACAAAAAAUUUCGGCCAAAUUUUAAUCUUAAUUGCAAAGGGGGAAAAAAAAACGUAAGUUGAUGUGUUUAAAAUGAAGUCGUAGAAGAAGCGAGAAAAAGAGUGAGAGGAAGAGAAAAAAUUGAAAACAAAAAUGAAAUUAAAACUCUAAUAAAACAAAUCUAAACGAAGAAAUUGUGAUUCUUAUGUUUAACUAAAUUUAAUAUUAUAUGUUUAAAAAUGCGGACAAAAGCAAAACGGCAUCCAACCCGUAAUGGUUAUACAAGGAAAGGAACACAAAAGCGAUCAAAAGCUAUAAAAAACAAGAUGCAAACGAAACAUAACUUUAGGCAAAUUGUUCAUCCAAUUCGAGUUCUAGUUCAUGAUGUGGCAAAUGCGGUUGAAAUUAGUUCAAAGCAGUAGUACAUGCCUUCCUGCAAUAAUUGUAUUUAAAACACAAAGAAAGUAGCAACGAAUCGUCCGGUGUGUCGCGUGCAUUCUGGUCGAUUAUAUUCGUGUUUUUUUUUAAUGGAUUAAUUUUAUUUUUUUACUUCCAUCCAUACCCAACCUUUAUCAUCCCCAUACACAUACACAUGUACGCAAAAGAAAACAUAGAGCCAGAAUUAACACUUCAAACCAGCCUGAUAGUAAUCACGCUUCGCGUGCACUAAAGAACAGCAAAACAUGCUCCGUUAUGUAUUUUGUAACAGCAAGAAACAAAUCAAACAAAUCAAACAAAAAUCAAACGAAUUGUAAAGAGCUCCCUGUAGCGUGACAAAUAAAUGAAUUUUAAUACAAACAUAA